AUGGUACUUCAUAUCAUUUAUAUACUGGUCAGCAAGCUAUUUCUGGAGACCUGGGGAGGUUGGAGUCUUGAUGCUUUUCAACAUUGGGGGACAUAUAUGAAGCUAGCUAUACCUGCUAUGUUAAUGUUUUGUAUAGAAUGGUGGAGCUUUGAGAUCGGUACAUUCCUGACAGGGGGAUGUACCAUUACAAUAAGUAUUUUAUUCUUAACACUACGCUACUACAUACCCAGAGCAUUCACAGACGAUACUGAGGUGAUUGAGAUCUCUGCCAACUUACUUCCGAUUCUUGCCCUUUUUAUAUUAUUUGAUGGUACCUGCGGUGUUGCGCAGGGAGCAAUACGAGGAUCAGGAAGGCAGCUACCAGGGGCAAUAGCAAUGUUUAUAGGCUACUAUAUCAUAGCUCUUCCUAUAGGAAUACCACUCAUGUUCCUCACUGAUAUGAGGGCAACAGGUCUGUGGUGGGGUUUAACUCUGGGUCUUAUGAUUGUAUCAACUACUGUAGUUCUCAUAGUAUGCUUCACUGACUGGGACAAGGCAGCAAAACUGGCCUUGGAGAGAGCAGGGGUGAUGACAGAUGAUGACACAAUCUCCAACCACACAAAAACACCAGACACGAGUAAAGCAUCUGAAACUACAGCACUACUCAGUAACAAAGAAAGAAGCUUUGAGCAGAGUGGCAACUCCAUCAGGUCCAACAGACUCAACAGACAAUUCUCAACUUCAUACAAUGUAGAGAAUGCACCAAUUGAUUUAGAAAAACUUGAACACACUGGUGAACUCACGAACGCUGAAUUGUUGUGUCGAAGAGGGAUAGCAGUGCUUAUAUGUCUGUUUAUAGUCGGUAUAGGAGUGCUCAUUAGACUUGUUGUCAAAUACCCGGAAGAAUUGACUAUGUUAUGUGUACCAUGGGAUGGUACAGGACCUUUACCUAACACCACAAUGCCAAUAUGUAAUGUUACCAUGGAGACGACCACUAUAUUUUCAAACAUUACAACAAUACUGACUUAG